GGCCGCCCAGCUGAGAGGAGGGCGGGCGGUGUGGAGCGCUGAGGCGGGCGUUGGGUUAUUCAGUGAUUUAUUUACGCUUCCAGACCGGCUGCAUAAGGAAUCGGCUACAUAAGGAAUCGGCUUGUCUCUUCUUGUGCUGGUGGCUUUCUCUGAGCGGGUCCUCGCCUCAGAGAGGGCACCCCCCUUCCCCCUUAAACUGAGGGGAGAGAGGUCCUCCUUCCCCCGCCGCUGUGGGGACGGGAGCUCCGUGCCCGCUCCCCUGUCAGGCUGAGCCGAGCUGAGGGCAGAGAACAGCUGGAAGCAGGCUGGAGCAGAGCAAAGUCCUCUUUCGAGUCACUCAGUUAGCAGGACUGUGGCCAUGGCUGCUGGUGGCAUCUGGACGUCGCUGGGGCUGAUGGCGGCUGUAGUGAUGGCCGUGGGCCUGUGCCGGAGUUUGGCUCGCCGCCGCUUGCACACCCACCCACAGCUUUGCUCGUUCCUCCUGGAGCUGCUGAGCACUUUCCAGGUGUGCGCCUGCACCAACGAGCUCAGCCUGCUGGGCAACACGGAGCCCAGGCCGCACACCGCCCUCACCCUCACCUAUGGCUUCACCGUCUUGCAUGGACUAACAUUGCCUGGCAGCACAUGUAACCCCUGCGGCACCCUGCAACCCCUGUGGGGCAAACAGACCUCGCUCAGGGCAGGGGGAAUGAAGAUCGGUGCUCAGUUUGCUGCUGCGGUAUUGGCCAGGGUCUUUAUGCACUUUAUCUGGAGGUUGGAGAUGGCAGAAUCCCAUUCGGGAGCGCUGGCUCAGGGUUGUGGCAACCCCAUGCAGACGACGGAGGUGCAGGCGUUCUGCAUAGAGCUGCUGUUCUCUGUCGUUUUCCAGCUGACCAUCCUGCAAGUGGAAAACAUUAAGCCCAGCUACAGAGUCCACGCGGUUGCUCUCCUCAUCACCAUGCUGGUGUUUGCAGGUGGAAAUCUUACAGGAGCAAUAUUUAACCCAGCGUUGGCUUUUUCAUUACAUCCACACUGUUUCUAUGACAGCUUUCUUACUUAUGCACUAGUAUACUGGGUAGCACCAUGCUUAGGGACAAUACUUGUGGCUUUUGUAUGGAAAUCCCUUCUCGGCCAUCAGAAGACACUAAAAUCUGAAUUAUAGUAGGACUACAGUGAAGGAAGUAUUGUCAAAGAAGUUAAGUUAACUUGCAGCCACCCCCAGAUGAAACGAGGCUUUCAGAAAAAGCAUUGACAUCGACUGCCACACCUCUUUGCAACUGUAUUUCCAGAUUCCAUGUAUUGAAAUUGCACUUUGCUACAUACAAAUUGCUACAAUUGCUUUGUAGUCAAAAACUUCCUUUGUAACACUGGAUCAGAGAAUAUCUACCAGCAUUUUCGGUUAAGCCAUAUGAAUGCUAAGGACUGUUAAAACACUGAAACUUUGUCACUUUAGCCAUAAGUGCCAUUUGCAGACCUGAAUUACAGUGACACAUAAAACUAAAGUUUAGAUAAAUACCAGGCCUUUGGGGUUUGAUUUUAUUGGAUUUCUUCCUGUAGAUGGCAGCUGCAGAAACAAAACUGAAGCUCUCUCUCUAUAGUGACCUCAGCAAUCUCUUACGUGCCAUGUAGAAACCUCCGAGAGGAAAAAAAGCUGAUUUGUUUUCUGAUCCCUAGAAGAACUGACACAGCUCUAUUCUAGAAGUGACCUACAGCAAAAGUACGAACCUGUAGGACCAGCAGUGUUUUAAAAGUGAAGCGCAGAGUGCCAACGAGUCAAUGGAUGCUGAUGUCAGAGCUGCCAGAAUCUUGCUGAAGCAAAGGACUGAGAACGGCAACGCAGAGUUGACUGUGAGAUACAAAAAUCUUAAGUUUAUUUAACAAUGUUGUUAACAUUUAAUACAAAGACAAAACAGUUCUCAU